AUGAGAAAGGUGGCCAUUAUCGUCCUUUUUCAGUUGUUGGAUAUUGCAGCCUCCCAGACAUCCUACGGUCGACAGUUUUUUCUUGGUUUUCCACGAAAUUCUGAUGUGGGCCAAAGCCACCAGAUAUCCAUUGAUAUUGUCACAAGGGUUAAAGCCCAAACUGUAAGUCUUACCAUCCAAUCACCCUUUCAACAUGGGCUUAACGCUAACAAGACGUUGAAGUUUACCAGCCAGAAAACUUUCUCACUGUCAGAUGGCUAUGAACUUCACUUCACCGAACGAGACCGACGAGGUGUUUAUGUUGAGGCGAACCAUGACGUGGCAGUUUUCGUCACCAACGUUCAAGGGGAUAACAGCGGAGAUACAUAUGCCGCGAUUCCCGUCCAAGGUCUUGGAAAUAAAUAUGUUGUGGCUGCCUAUGAACAUUUUGAUUUCUCUUACCCAUCUGAAUUCCUAAUAGUUGCAACCCAAGACAACACAGAUGUGCACAUGUCUUUUCCAAAUGGAUCUAGGUUUACAUUGGACCUUCAAAAGUAUGAUGUCUAUCAGGAAUCUUCUCCUCGCGGUGAUCUCAGUGGAACUGUUAUAACAUCUAAUAAUAACUUCAGCUUGUUCGGAGGAGCAACGUGUGGAGAGCUUAAGAAUGACAACGGGCCGUUUAAUGGCUGCGACUUUAUGGUUGAUCAGAUACCGCCACUUAAUGGUAAUAAUCGUAACAUCGAAGUGAUAAUUCCGGAAAUAUUUCAUCAGAACUAUGUCUAUAGAAUAUACAGCGGUAAUGUCACGUCCCAGAUAUGUCAUCGGAAUAAAACCAGAGGACAGGCCGAAUGUCUGCAAUCAUCUGAUUUCAACCAUAACAUGUACGAGUCAACUAUGACAAAUGGGACAUCUGCGGUCUACUGCAAAUCAGCUGAUUUCUUUGUGGCAUUGUACAAAGAUCAACAAGGAUUUAUGAUGAUCAUUCCGUCCAUAGACCAAUACCUUACAAGCUACCGGUUUUUGAUACCAUCUAUUUAUAGUAGUGGACAGAACCACUACAUUGCCGUUAUUGUUCCCACUGCCGAGAAGGCUGGCAUUAUGAUUAAUGGGCAACCUGACUCUCCAAUUGCUUCAACACUAGUUGUCAGUCCGUUUGAAAACUACACCGUUGUAACAUACCGUGUGUCUAAUCUCCAUGUUAAUGACGUAACGCAUAGUGCUGGAAAUGUCAAGUUUGGCCUUUUUUGUUAUGGAUAUAAGGAUCGGAGUCCGGCCUCGGCGUACGGAUUUGCGAUUGGGUUUGCAUUUGGUAUGUAG